CCUCAUUUUCUUAACGAUAGAAGAGGCAUGCAAAUUUUUAACACGUUUACCUGUCAGGCUGUCUAACCCGAGGGGAGCAUGCUCAUCGUUGGCUUUGUGUGUCUGUGGUGUCCGGUGAUAUUUUUUCUGCUUUAUGUGAUAUUGAACUAUUUAAUUCGCGGGAAAAAAUCCGUUUGCAUUGUUGUCCUGGGAGACAUUGGACGCAGUCCGCGGAUGCAAUAUCAUGCGACAUCCUUUGCAUCAGAGGGUUUCAAUGUUGAUUUGGUUGGUUAUGGAGGAUCAGUUCCAUUUUCUACCGUAAGGAAUUCAGAAAAGAUAACACUGUAUGAAUUAAUACAGGCGCCUGCAUUUUUAAAGAAUGUCCCUCGUCUCUUGGGCUAUGUGUUAAAGGUCUUGUUCCAGAGCAUCACCCUUGGCUUAAAAUUAUUACUUCUACCAAAGUCUGGUGUGAUAUUUCUUCAGAAUCCUCCCUCCAUUCCCACUAUAGCAGUGUGUUGGAUUGUGUGUUUAUUACGAGGAAGUAAACUGUUUGUUGAUUGGCAUAACUAUGGAUAUUCUAUUCUAAGCCUUUCUUUGGGAAAUAAACAUCCGCUUGUCAAAUUUUCUAAAUGGUAUGAACACGCAUUUGGAAGGAUGUCACAUUUAAAUAUCUGUGUUACUAAAGCAAUGAAGAAAGAUUUGCAAGAGAACUGGCAUAUCAGAGCAGAAACCCUGUAUGACAGACCAGCUGAUAUGUUUCAACAGACUUCACUUCCUGUUGCCCACAAACUCUUCACCAAACUCUCCCAACAGUAUGAUGUCUUCAGUAACAGAAAUAUCCCAAACAGUACCAUUUUUACUACACAAUCCAAGGAUGGGACAAUAGAAUGGCUGAGGGACAGACCGGCACUAGUCAUCAGCAGCACCAGCUGGACAGAGGAUGAAGACUUUGGAAUUCUACUGAAAGCUCUAACAGAGUAUGAUGAAGCACAGAGAGAAGACAGCUCUCUCCCCAACCUUAUAUGUGUGAUAACAGGAAAAGGGCCGCAAAAAGAAUUUUACAGAAGUGAGAUACAGAAUCGCCAAUGGAAAAAAGUGAAGUUCUGUUUACCUUGGCUGGAAUCGGAGGAUUAUCCCAAGUUGCUUGGAGCAGCCAACCUUGGAAUCUGCCUCCAUGCCUCUUCAAGUGGCCUUGACCUUCCAAUGAAAGUAGUGGAUAUGUUUGGAUGUGGUUUGCCUGUCUGUGCCCUCAAAUUUAACUGCAUAUCAGAACUAGUUGAAGAUGGUAGUAAUGGAUUAGUGUUUCAAGAUGCCAAAGAACUUCUCCAACAACUAAAGAUUUUGAUGGCUGAUUUUAAAACAGAUAAGACAAAACUGAGACAAAUGAGACAGAAUUUAGAGAGAUUUCAAAAGAUGCGUUGGCAUGCAUCUUGGAAAAAUGUUGUCCUUAACAUUUUAGAACAGAAAAUAAAAUAUGACUAAACAUA